AUGUCCACCCAACCCCCCACAACCUCCGCUCUAGCCCUCUCCCUCCUAACCUCCCUCGGCGGCGCAAUCGGCUACGCCCGCACAGGCUCCAUCCCCUCAAUCGCAGCCGGUCUCACCGUUGGCGCGAUCUACGGGCUCGCCUUCUACCGUCUGCGCGCAGGUGAGACAUACGGUGAGGAGCUGGGUUUGUUGGCUUCGACUGUUUUGGGUGGAAGCUCGAUUCCGAGGGCGAUUAAGACGGGUGGGAAGGCUGUUCCUGUUGGGCUUUCUUUGUUGGCUACGUAUGGGGUUUUUGUUUUUGGGGCUGCUGUGAAGGAGAAGAGGGGUUAG